GAAUGGAACAGGGAAAUGGGGUGGUAGUGCCUUUGAACGAUAAAGAAAAACAGGCAACAAAAAAAGGCUCAGAAUCAUGGCAAUGUCUUUUGUAAGCUUCACCUUUUAACUUCUCAAUCACUCUGAGCAUCCAAACCGGAGAAUAACAACAAAUAUACUAUAUCUCACACUAGCCUGUCCCUCUUCUCUCUCUACAUUCCUUUUCAGUUUGUCUUAUUUACUCUCUCCAUUCUCUUCAUCCAAUCCAUUCGCAUCGGCGCUAUCUCUUCUUCUGAGAAGCUCCGCCGUAAUGGGUUGCGAUGAUGAUUCCCGUCACAGAUCUCAAUCCCCCCACCUCCUCCAACCUUCCUCACCAUCAUCGGAAUCCAGCUUCCGGGAACUUGAGGAUGCCUUCCUCCAGACUCAAACGAGAAUUUGGCUCGGAGAAGUCCUGCAAAUAAGUUUAGAUGAGAAUCUCGUUAUAUCUGAGGUGCUUGCUGACGGAGAAUUGCUGUUUCAAGUUUCAAAAGUGGUGUGGAGAUUGAUGUUGGCUAAGCAUUUGGAGUUAAGGCGCGUAAUAGCGUACCAUCGUCAGCCUCUUGCUUCCAAGGAGAACAGUGGCAGAUAUAGGCCAUAUUCUAACGUUGAUUCUUUUCUGAAAAUCUGCAAAAUCUUGGGAUUGACUGGCAUAGACCUCUUCUCUCCAUCGGAUGUUGUGGAGAAAAGAAAUACUCGAAAAGUUAGUAUGUGUAUACGCUCAUUCUCCAAAAAGGCAAGGUCCAAGCAUAUAAAUGUUCCAGAUUUUGAUGUUGUUUCUUGCACAAUAACUAUGCCCAAGGAUAUGGUUGGAUGCAUUCGUAGAAACUUAGAGCUGUCUCAAAGUAGCUUCGCAGAUUCUCCUACUUAUUACUUGCGGAGGCAUGUAGAAGCAAAACACAGGCAGGGUUACUCUGUUACAGCCUCCUCCAAUUUCCAUGAGACAUAUUUGGAAGAGUCUGACGCCACCGAAAUAAAUCAUGCUGAACUUCAAUCUGAUGGACUGUAUACCGAUUUCUUGUAUGAUAGCACAUCGGAGAUAAGCUCCAGUGUGGAAGAUACACGAGUUCCUCCAUCGAUCCAGAGUCCUUUUAUGUCUAAAGAUGUAGAUCAACUGGAUAUUCAAAGUCAACAGAGAAUUGAAAAUUCUGAGGCUGAGUUUGAAUUUUUAAGUUCAGAGAAAUCGUUGCAUCCUUGCUCAGGGAACAUAGAACAUGAUUGUACCUUCGCUUGGUCAUCAUCUCCUUCCUGCGACAGUUCACAUUUAGAUACUAGAGUCAAACAUACUCAAGAAAAUGGCAUUUUGGGCUUUGAUUAUUCUGAGCAAAACUUGUUUAUAAGAAGAGAUGCUUUGGAGCAAGUGGCAACCCCAACUCUUGAAGAAAUAGCACAUCAAAUUUACAUCACAGUGCCAGUUCUCAUGGUUCAAACUCAACUCCCGGGAGUAUUGAAUAUGACACGGGAUAUUUUGAGAUCUGUGACAAUAUGGAAGUUCUGAGAAAUUGGCCAAUGAAACCAGUCAACUUGAGUAAUAGAUAUGAUGCGCAGGACAAUGUUGAGACCCUCGAGUCUUUUGAAAUUCACAAUGAAAAGAUGGAUUGGUGGAACCAAAUAAUCGAAGGGUAUAAAUCUCA